CAGAAAAAAGUAAUAGGUGGGGCUUGUUUAAAUAAUUGGGCGUGGUUUGUAAGUAUUGGCCACACCUACAAGGCGUAUCCCAAACAAAAUGGCAGCUCUAAAGUUAGCAAAAGCAGUCCCCAGGGCCACUGUAAAAGACUAUGAACCUGCUGAGAGAAGCUAUCAUUCUACAGUAAUAGUAGGAGACUGUCUUUAUAUGUGGGGUGGGGAUAAAGGUGGCCAUCCUAAAGAACACAAUACUGAGAUAGAGAGAAGAGAUUCAUCAUUUGUGGAGGUACUUCACCUUCCGACUGGUAGGUGGGAGCAGAAACCUACCACUGGUGAUCCUCCACUGGGUAUCAUUGGUUAUGCAGCUGUUGCUAUUGGGAAUGAGAUAUUCUAUUAUGGAGGACAUUGUAGUCAUUUCCACUAUGAUGAUAAUGCUCUGUACAGUUUAAAUGUUGAUACUCUCAAAUGGAGGAAAGUUGUACCUACUAAUCCUAAGGAUGGUCCUGAGAAGAAGAAUGGGUGUGGUAUGAUUGCUAUAAAGAUUGAGGGAGAAGAUUACCUUGUAAUAAUUGAACCAUAUUCUAUUCAUUAUUUUAGAAUUGCUACAGGUCAGUGGAUCUCACCUAAAGUUACUGGAGAUGAUAUUACUGAAAUUAUACACUUUAAUUUGAUGUCAGUAGAUGAUACCAGUGCUAUUGUACUUCAAGAUGAUCAUAAUGAUAUAUCAAAAAAUUCUGUUUAUCGUCUUACCUUUACUAAAGGAUCAGUGGUUUAUGCAAGGAUUUUUAAAAGAAAUGCUAUAGCUGAUGACUUGUGGUUUGUGCCUUGUCAUCAUAGUGUAUUACUGAAUAGUCCUUCAGGACUAAAACUAUUGGCUAUUGGUGGCAAUGAAUGUGAGACAUUUGAUAUUAACAAAACUAAUUGGAAGAAGGUUGAUGUUCCUGAAUCAGUCAAAACUAGAGAUGUUCAUUCUCUAUCAGUUUGGAAUGAAGAUACAACCAAUACUUGGAUAAUAGAGUUUGGAGGAAUAUGGGAUAGGCUAUUACUCAGUCAUACAAGAUUCCUUAAUAUCAGUGAGUAUAAUAAUAAUUACUGUACAGCAAUAUUUGAAUUACUUAUACUGUUAAUUUAA